UGCAACAGUUACUGAUCUCGGGCAUAUCAAGGUUUUCGUUACAAUACAUUUCACUCAGUUCGUUCCUCAACUUCAAGCUCUACAUAACUCUGUGACAGUGCAAAUGUUGGACGAAAGCAAGUUCGAUGUGCAUUUGAAGCUGCGGGCGCUUCGAAUCCCUCGCGAGCUUUGCAAGGUCGCCACUCGAAUUUUAAACGGGUAUUUGCUCGACAAGCCCCGCAUUAAGCCUAUUACGGAAGAUCCAACGUGUGAGAAAAACCGGUACAUGAUAUUAUCUGAAAGGGUUCAGAAUCCUGAUUUAUCUGAUAUUCCAGACCAAAAACUUGAUGAGCUGAAAGGUUUAUGCAAGAUUGAAGUAGUUCCCUAUUCGCUGACACUUGGAUAUUCAUAUUGGGGUUCAGAUCAUAUAUUGAAGCAGAUUCUGCCUCCUGGAAUGGAGGUGCCUUCGUCUUUUGAAACAAUAGGUCACAUUGCUCAUCUGAAUAUACAUGAUGACUUACUUCCCCACAAGGAUGUUAUUGCAAAGGUUAUCUAUGAUAAAAAUUAUCCAAGAAUCAAAACUAUUGUUAAUAAAGUUGGUACAAUUACAAAUGAGUUCCGAGUGCCAAAGUUUGAAAUUCUCGCGGGACAAAAUGAUAUGGUUACAGAAGUGAAGCAAUAUAGGGCAACUUUCAAGCUUGAUUACAGCUUGGUCUAUUGGAAUUCAAGAUUGGAACAUGAACACAUGAGACUGGUUUCUCAGUUCCGAGCAGGGGAGACAAUAUGUGACAUGUUUGCUGGUAUUGGUCCUUUUGCUAUUCCAGCAGCACAGAAAGGAUGUGUAGUGUAUGCGAAUGACUUAAAUCCAGAUAGCAUUCGUUAUCUGAAGAUCAAUGCAGAAAUCAACAAAGUUGAUGAUCUUGUUUGCGCAUACAACAUGGAUGCAAGAAAUUUCAUUUUACAAUUGAUGGCAGUGCCAGAUAGUGAGAUUAAAAUGGAGCCUGAUGUUCUCAAGAGGGGAACUUGUGAGAAAUAUGAGAUUCAGGCCAGUGAGGAAUCAAAGUCAGAAAUUGGGACACUGACUGUUGAGGCAAAGGAAGUACCAGAUAAUAUUGCUAGUAAUCUGGUGUUUGCACAAGGUUCAAGUAGGACAGCCGAUACAUCUGUAUCUGCUGUUAAAAGACCUUCAGAGAAUGGGGGUGCUGAUGGAACUGGUACCACUGUAGCUGGUCGUAGAAAAGGAAGUGCAAAUAAGAGGAUGAGAGGCUCUGAGAUGUCAAAUGCCAAGACUUGGGAGCAUGUUGAUCAUGUGAUCAUGAACUUACCUGCUUCUGCUCUUCAAUUUCUUGAUGUAUUUAGGGGCAUAAUCCAGAGGAAAUAUUGGAAGGGACCUCUUCCUUGGAUUCACUGCUAUUGCUUCAUGCGGGCAAAUGAAACCCAAGAAUUUAUAGUUUCAGAGGCAGAGUCUGCCUUGAAUGCCUGCAUACAAGACCCACUAUUUUAUAGGGUUAGGGAUGUGGCUCCAAACAAGGCAAUGUUUUGCUUAAGUUUUAGGCUGCCAGAAGCAUGCUUCAUUGAAGAUGACACUGACACUGUCCAUUCUGCUGAGUGAUUAGCACUUCUAGAAUGCUCUUGCUUUGGGUUAGAGCACGUAUUUGAGCUCUAGCUCUUUUGCAGAAGGUUUCAGACAUGUUACUCACAAAGGAGAAAUAGAGGAAAUAUUGAACAGCGAUGAAGGCCGAUCAUGAUCUGAAAGAUUUAGCUUUCAAGAAGAGCUGCUGCAAAUCCCACUCUGUGGGUCCCCUCUCAAUCACAAAAAAAAGAAAAAGAAAAAAGAAAAAUGGGUUCUCUUCUUGAUGAAGCACACUAGGCUGACAUACCAAAGCUCAUGUUUUGCUUUGUAAAAUCAGGUUUUGACUAAGAAUUCCCAAGUUCAAAUCUAGCUAAGCCUUUAGUGCAAUUAAUUCUUAUUAUUCUUCUUCGUGCUAAAUUCAAAUUGGAUUACAGAA